CACAUGACAGAUAUCCCAGGAUGUGGGGGAGGAGGCUGGACACUAGUGAUGAAGCUCGAUGGAAAUAAGAAUACAUUCAUUUAUGAUUCUAAACUGUGGACGAGCAAGGAGACAUACGCGAUACAAGAUGGUUUGGAAGGACUGGCAAAGAAAGAAAGCAAGUUAGAUUCUUACUGGAAAACACCGUUCACAAAGGUUUGCCUCGGCAUGUCGUAUAACGGAAACAGAAAAUGGAUGAGCUUCGACUACACCGCCAAUUCGCUGUACAGUGCGAUAGCUGACGGCACAUUUAGGGCAACUACCGCUGGCAGAGCAGCAUGGAAAUCGCUGGUCAGGGACUCGUCACUACAAAGGAACUGCAACAAGGAAGGGUUUAAUGUCUUUUCGAGAAUGCGAAUUGGAUUAUUUGCCAAUCAAGAAAACGAUUGUUACUCGUGCGACUCUUGGAUUGGUUUUGGAACACAGUACAGUGGAAAGACUUGUGCUAAUUAUGCUUACCACCACUCUCCUGAUAACGGAAACAAAGACCUAGUGACAUUCGGAUACAUUCUUGUUUAUUAAUAACCUUCAAAAGGAAGCCUUACACUAAAGAUCUAAGACUAAGUUCAGAUAUGAUAUAUUAUAGUUAUACGUAGCUUCGUAUAAAUUCUUGACACAUGCCUGAAGGAUGUGUGAGGAACUCCUGCGUGCCGCGCACGUGCCAGUCUUCAAUAUAAAGCUUCUGAACAUAAACAAUACAGCUCGUACGCAUUUAACUUAGAUGUC